UCUUUUCUUUUUAUUAUCAUUUUUAUAAACAUUGCACAUUGAAAUGUUAACAAUCAUGUAUGCUGUUUGUCCAAGAGGGCCCUAAUUUGGAAAAUAAAUCAUAUCAUAUGUGCAAUAUGCUUGUUUACUACAAAAAUACAUCUAACGGAAAUCCCCUUUUUCUAAAUCUAUCUUGUUUACAUUUCGUCAGACGAUUCUGGAACGACGUAGAAAAAGUCGGAUUUGGUAUAUAUAUGCAGAAGUGUUUAUCUCACCAAUAGCGGAAUUUCAGAAAGAGAGCAAGAAUGAUGUCCAGGUUUUGUCCGAGAAUGUACCGAGGGGUACAAGCCCUGGGGAGCAGGGGAUUCAGCCAGCGGGAUGUUCCCGUUCAUCGGCACAGCGCCCGGGACCAUCACCGAGAAGACAUUGUACCAUGGGGUUGGAACGAUUCUGUAUUUCCAUCCAGACUUUUCCCCGGAUUCCGUUCUCGGUUCCGAGACAUGGAGAAGAUGAUGAGGGACAUGGAGAACGUGCUGGAACACAAGUAUUUGUCUUUUCCAGCGAGGGGCGAGGAGUCCUCGGUUGAGAUCAGUAACAACAAGCUGAAGAUAAAGUUGAAUAUCCAUCAAUUUAAACCAGAAGAAAUAAACGUGAAAAUUCAGGACAAUAAACUGACCAUCAGCGGAAAGCACGAGAAGAAGUCAGAGGAAGGACAUAGUUAUUUUGCUCAGGAGUUCACUCAACAAUACACCAUCCCAGAGGAAAUUGAUUCGGAUGGUAUCAUCUCAACCUUCUCUGAUGAGGGUGUGCUGCUGAUUCAAGGAAAAUCCAAGGAGAAGGGCACAAACGAGCCACGGGAGAUUCCCAUUGACAGGAGCUAGACUAGGGCAUAUACACUGUCACAGUAUCAAAUGGACUUUUGUGACAGAGAGGUUUAGAAAAAUAAUGUUUUCCACUGCCAAACAGCAGAUAAAAUGCACUGAAAGUGUUGUUGGUGUUUAUAUGUUUUCCAUGUAAAAUUUUCAAUAAAAUUGAAUGAAGUUGUA